UGAUACCUAACACUUCAUCUAUACAAAAACUUUGCGCUUAUACGCCGGUACAAGACUUCGCGCGCACACCGACGGCUAAGAACUUCCUGUUAUUCUUGCCCUUUCACAAUUACCGGAUAUUAUCUCAGUGUUUUCGAAAAUGCAAGACACUCCAGGGAUGUGCCGCAGUCCAGAGCUCGGAGAAUCACCAUGUUAUUUCUGCCGUGAUGCUGCGAUGAUGAUACGACCAAAGUUUCGCAUUCGGUAUAUCAGGGUUUUUAUGGGCAUUCUAGUGCUUUUACUGAUUAGGAGUAUGUUGCUAGAUUAUAACUACGAACUGGACGUAGGUGCGUCGCUCAGAGAUCCAGUUUUAGGGCCUCGCAUGAACUCUCAAGAUCUGUUUUUGAUUGUGUUAGUCCUUUCGACCCCCGAGUCAUUCAUUCAAAGGCAGGCGAUUCGCGAAACAUGGGGGUCAAUAACAUCAACAGACAGCAAAGGAAAAUCUGAUAAGAAGGUCAAGCUAGUUUUUGUCUUGGGCGGACUUGGACAUGUGGAUUCUGCCCUGAGAAGAGAACAUUCCGAAAAAAAUGACUUGCUCAUCGGUAGCUUUGAGGAGACGUACAGAAAUUUGGUUGUUAAAGUUUUUGUCGGCUUAAAGUGGGCUAGCACUCAGCGCUGCAAGUACGUAUUCAAAGCAGACGAGGACGUUUUUCUGAAUAUUCCAAGAGUUGUGGAAUGGGUAGAAGAAAUAGGCUCUCCCCAAAGAUUAUAUGCGGGGGAAGUAGUUAACAAUAACACCGUAUUACGGUGGCCAUGGGCUAAAUACAGUGUGAGUCCGCUCGUAUAUGAGCCAAGUUAUUACCCCCCGUACUGCAGAGGAGCGUUCUACCUAUUAUCAAGGCCGGUUCUUCCGGCAAUUUUAGAGGAAGUGGCAAAGCGUAGAGCCUUUGCAGUCGAAGAUGCAUUUCUUGGGGUUAUAGCAAAUGCGAUUGGACUUAUGCCGGCUCAAAUUCGGGGUUGUAGUUCCUCCCGAAAGACCCGAUGGAGUAUCUCGAAUUGGAAUGAUUCAACAUUUAACGAAAUAACAUGCUGUGGGGACGCUUUCGAUGAUCGAAUUCUAAGAUAUAUUCACUAUAGAAAAUUAUAUUUGAGUGAAAAGCUCCGUCAAGAAAGAGGAAACCUCAACUUUCACGAGAAAGGCAAUUAGAAUAGAACAAUGAGUUUAUUUCGGAAGGCUUACUUAGAUUUGUACUAAUCGUUGCUUUUGUUUUUAAUGGUGAGCACGUGUAUUGCGCAAUGGCUAUCACUUUGGUGUUCCCGCGGAUAAUUUAGUAAAGCAGACGAUAUAAAACCAUAACCCCAACCUAAAAUCGCUUACCCAAAGUAAUACAAUUCCCCCUAAGCGCUUUGAGUGAGUGAGGAUGAAAUGUGAAUAGCGUGUAGAUGCUAUUUUUCUACUAAGGCCAAAGGUCUUGUCUUUCGCAUUCUAUUUUGUUUAAUCUAGAUGAUAUGUUUGGUUUGCCUUAAUCAUAUUCGCAAAUACAACCCGAUACUUGUGUUUUUCAAAUAAAGUUUCCAUAUUCAUUUA